AUUAUUAUUAUUAGAAUAUUGAAAAUGGUUUUUGGUUGUCUUCUCCAACAGUGAGUUUGAGUGCAAAUUUGCAAACCCUAAUUUUAAUUUCUCUGCAACUUUCCCCCUCCUUCAACUUUUGAAACCCAAAACUCAAACGAAACCCUAUCAAUACCUUCUUCUAUUCAGUAUUCCCUUCUGGGAUUGUUUCAUUCUUCCAUUCUUCCAUUCUUUUCAUCUUCAAUUCUUACCUUUGUUUACGGUUUUUUUCUUUCUAUUCCUUCUCUCAAUGAAUCACCCUCAUCUUCCUCCUCCACCUUCCACUCCAAAUCCCCCUACCAAAAUGCUGAAGGAGUGUGGAAAUUGCGGCUCUCAAGGUCGAUGGAUUCUCCAUCACGUUCGAAUACGAGGUAUUAAUCGUCGCCUUUGCACUUCCUGCGUGCUUCGUCUUCAUCCCAGUUCGUUUUGUCCUUCUUGCUUCCAGUUCUAUGAUCUUUCUGUGUCUCCUCAUCCCUCCAAUCGUUUCACUUGUUCUAAAUGUUCGUCUAUUACGCAUUCUCAUUGCGUUGUCAAUCCGGCUUGCCCCGACCCUCAGCUUCUGUCCUCCACUUCCUCCUCCUCUUAUCUCUGCCCUCCCUGCGCCAAACCCAAUUUUUCGUUUUUCGAUUUGGACUCAAAGCCUCGAAUUUCUCCUAAGUCUAUUGAUAGGAAGACGGCUGUGGUGUUGCUCUGUGCGGCUAAGAUUGCCUCUACGUCGAUGGGUAAGGCUGCGAUUGUGGCGCGAGCGGAUGCAGAGAGGAAAGUGAGGGAGGCGGCUAUGGCGAGGAAGAGAGCAAGAGAGGCUCUUGAGCAUGUUGGUUUUGUUUUGGCUAGAGAAAGAGCUAGGCGUAAGGAGGAGGCUUCGGUGGAGGUUUCAGGUUCUGGGAAUUUGGGAAUGAAGGAGAAAGAGAGGAAUAGGAAUUUGGGUCCUACGGUGAAAGCAGAGAAUGCUUUUGAGAUUCCUGCAGUGUCAACUUUGAACACUGGUACUGCUUUAACUCAGAGAAGGGAGAGUUUAAAUGGGUUUGUGAGACAGAUGUCAAUGGUGAAGAAUGAGGUGGCUGCUUCCAUGGAGGAAUCUGCAAGGCAUAAAAAUGUUGAGGUUGCUGAACGUUUACAGAGUAACAACAACAUUGGUUUGUUAAAUGAGAAGGAGAAGAAUGAGAAUGGUGAAGUUGAGCAUGUGAAAAAUGAUCAUAUUGGAGGAACUGUUAAUACCACAAAAUAGCCUUUUUUUUCAUGAUACAGAGCCAAGAAUUGAUCAAAUCAUUGUUUCCUUGGUCUUUUGCUAAAUGAUAUUGUUCUAAAGUAUGAAAAUUGAUUGAGCUACUUUCGUACUGGGUUUGACUUGGCUCUUUAGGAAUUCAUGUAGUGAGGAUAGCACAAUGCCUGUGAGUUUUUUUUCUUUUUUCCUUUUUUUUAGAAAUAUUCCUUGUUGAUAUUUGGGUGGUCUAGAGUUUAUCUGAGUUCUCUUUUUAAGGGCCCCUCCAAGCAAUGGUGUAAAAAUUGUAGAUUAAUUGAAGUUUAACAUUAUUCUGUGUA